AUGGUUGAACAAGAACCAGUCGUCUCGCACGGCCGCGGAGGCCAGGGCAACAUCGGCGCAGACCCUACCCAAUACGUCGACGCCGGAAUCGUCCGCGAAGGACCCUACGGCGACCAAGGCGACGGCGCCUACUCGGCCGGCCGCGGCGGAGCCGGCAACAUCGGCUCCCCCAACGUGCGGCCAACGUCGCGGGUGCCCCACGACGCGGAAAUCAUCCCCGAGCUGGCGAUCCGCAAGUCGACGGAUGAGAACUUUCAUGUUGGUCGCGGCGGCCAGGGGAAUGUCCACCUGGACGAGGAAACCCGUAAGGAGAAGGAAGAGAAGAAGCGCAACCACCACCAUCAUCCCGAGGGGUUGGCGGAUAAGCUCAAGCAUAAGCUUUUUGGGAGGGGUUAG